AUGCCAAGUUGGGCAAUACGGCAAAACGAACCAACUGGUUACACGACCACUUAUAGUAAAAGGCUAUUGUCACUGGGCACCGGAUUUAUGUUCACAGAACCAUACAAGUGUUGUCCGAAUGACAUCAUCAAAAAGGCUCAGGAUUGCUUUGCAGACUUAGCAUCAGGUGUUAGCAAAGAUGAUAAAGUAUCACUGGCUGGUGAUCUACCUUUAGAUUAUCAGAGAAUCAGAGAAUAUUGUGAAAAGGAUGGUCACAUGAGUUUGUUUCUAGUUUGUGUUGAUAAAUUAUUAGAUCAGUGUCGUAAUCAGACAAAAUCCGAUGUUUUACACCAGUUAAUUAACCCUGAUAAAGUCAGAUCUAGUGUCCCUCAUCUUUGUGAAAAUAUAGAAGAUAUAGAAGCCAAUGCCGUUUGUAUGAAUAAACAAAUGAAUAGAAACAGUGAUUGCAAAAAGGCAGCAUAUGAUUUAAUACGACGUGGUAUGGCAGAAACAACAGGAAAUGUUACAGCUAUGUUUAACAUUCAGUGUCAGUAA